CUGGUAAACAUAUGUAAAACUCCCUUUUCACUCUCCUCUUGAGAACAGAGCAAAGUUUCCAAUUCAAGUCAUGGAUGUACAAACGUUUAGCAGGAAACCUUUUUUAUUUCUAUUUCUUUGUAAUUUAUACCUUUAUUGUACAACAACCGAAAUUUGCUCCAACAGCAUUCUCCCUGGAUCAAAAGGCGAUCCAGGUGAGGUGGGAGCAGACGGUGAAGAGGGAAGAAUGGGGAAAACCGGCCCACCUGGCCAGCGAGGCCUGACCGGUGAAUAUGGAGAAAAAGGAGAAAUGGGCCAAAUGGGAAAGAUGGGCUCUAGAGGAACGAGAGGUGACAAGGGACAAAAAGGAGUUGAUGGUCUCCCAGGGUUAAAAGGAAAGCCUGGAACAACCUGUGACUGUGGAAGGUACAGAAAGGUUGUCAGACAGAUGGACAUCAAUAUAAGCAAACUGAGAAAUGCUGUCAGGUUUCUUAAGAAUGUGGUUCUAGGUAUCAGAGAGACUGAGAACAAGUUUUACCUGCUGGUGACAGAGGCACGGAGGUAUGAAGACUCACUUCUAAACUGCAAGUUGCGUGGGGGGUCUCUUGCUAUGCCCAGAUCUACAGAGACAAACACCUUGCUGGCCAACUAUAUCAGAGAAGCUGAUCUUACUCAUGUAUUCAUAGGACUACAGGUAGGGGUGACAGAGGUGGGGUACAUGUAUGCUGAUGGUAAGCCCCUCUUGAAUCCCACAGUCUGGGCUCUGCAGGGGUCUCACAGCGGUAAAGGUGGCUGUAUGCAGCUUGGUAGUACCGGAGGCUGGAGUCAGGUAGAUUGUGGAGCUGCACAGUACUACAUAUGUGAGUUUGUCAAAAACAAAAACACUUCAGCAACUUUAGUCUUGUGAUGGUUUAAUGGCCACAGAGGGAAAGACUUUUAUUUUUAUAUUAUUAUUUUUAAUAUGCUAAGCUAAUGUAUGAGUAAAUGUCAUAUAUCUUGUCUCAUAUACCACUGUAUUUUGAAUUUUUGUAAAAAUGUUUUGAUGUUUUUGAUUUUAUGAAAAUUACCCACCACCCUUUUAAUCACUUAAAUUAAAUAAAAAGUAAAUAAGAUAACAAGGGUUCUGUAAGUGUCAAUGCCAUUUUCUUUAGAUUGGCACUGGUUGCCAAUUGCCACUCGAAACAAACUCAAGGCACUGAUGUUUGCCUACAGAACAACCACUGGCUCGGCACCCCUAUACCUAAACUCAUUAUUUCAGACCUAUGUGCCAUCCAGAAGCUUGUGUUCUGCAAGUUGCGUCCUUGUGGUGCCAUUGCAAAGAGGCAUAAUAUCACUUUCACAGACCAUUACCUGGACUGUUCCCUGCUGGUGGAAUGACCUGCCUAACUCAACCCGAGCUGCUGAGUCUUCAGUCAUUUUCAAGAAACUGCUGAAGAUGCAUCAGUUUUUUCAGAAACACUUGACCCAUUAACACUUACUUACUAUUAUAUAUAUAUAUAAUAUAUAUAUAUAUAGCUUCUAUUGCUCUCCUCAUUUGUAAGUCGCUUUAGAUAAAAGCACCUGCUAAAAGUUUAAAUGUAAAUGUAGAAAACUUUUCACUCUAAAUCCUUCCUUGUUAGAUCUUGUCAUGUUUUUUUUUAAUGACAAAAUACUGGCAAAACUAAUUUAAAAAAAUAAAUUACAAUAAGCUACUGCAGUCUAUUUUUUUCUGAUUACUGUAAAUGGUUCCUUGAGUACAAUAUAAAUUAACAGCUGUUUUAUUAUUCAUCUGCAGACUCAAGUCUCACUUCUUAUAAUUCAAUAAUACUUUUGCUUUAUCAUUAACAAAAUAUAAUAAAAGCCAAAGGAGUUAUUAUGGAUAUAAGGUAAUUCUUAUCAGUAGGUAAUACUUAUCAGUAUCUGAACAGAUAGUACUUCUUUUCCCAGCAGAUAACUAGAAUGCUUGCUAUCUGUUAAUCAUGGCGAUGUCACAUGUGAAUCUAAAGUACUUCUUAUAAGUAGCUCUGAUAAAUGCUAAAUACCUAAUCAAACUUCCUAAUCAAAUUUCUGCACACAUUAAUGACAGUGUUCAGCAUAGCCCUCAUCAUUUUACAAAGAGUCACUAAAACAGUGGUCUUAUCCACAAAACUAGGCAAUAAUUUAUGAAUAGGCCUGUGCACUUCACCUCUAUUCACAGAUGAAUGCUUUCUAUUGAAAAUCACCUUUUCAGAAAGCCUUCUACCCCUUUCAUUAUGAUUCCACUUCAGCUGUUAGGAUAUUUAUUUCAUUCAGGACCUUAAAUCAAACCAAACAAAUCCUUUUAAACUCCAUACACGAAUUCUAUAACUCCACAAACACUGGAAGAAAUAUACAUUAUCU